AUGACAACAGCUGCUAGGCCAACUUUUGAUCAUGCUAGAGGAAACGAUAAUAAAGCACUAACUUUUCAAUAUAGACAACUUACACAAGAUGUACUUGAAAACUCGACUACACAAUUAAUAGAUGCAGACGAUGAUGACAGUGAUGAAAG